GUCUGACAUCAGACGGCUCUUGGAGAGGCUCAGCUGAGCUUCCUGCACUCUCUUUACAGCCCAGAAAACUUUUUUGUCUUCUUCUUAGUUUUAUUUGCAGCAAUAUUUACUUUGUUCAAUUAUUAGUUUGCCCCAGAUGUCUGCAGAACCCCUGGUCCCUCCGGAUUGUGAAGCAUCUAGAGCCAGAUUAACCCCCUUCUUCCUGAACUGUGGCUCCCUCCCGGUGUUCCUAAAGGGAGCUGAGCACCGGAACUCUGAGCCCUACCCGGAUACUGCUGGAUCCCCGAGUUGGUAAACAAGCAAUUUAAUCUUGACCUUGAAAUUCACAUUAAAGGAAAUGUGUUCAACAAAUCCAGGAAAUUGGGUAACAUUUGAGGAUGAAACCCCAUUCCAUUCUCCACAGAAAGCUUUGAUUUUAUCCAAUGAGAAUAUUUACAGUCCCAAAUCAGGUGGGCUUAGACUGAAUUUUUCCAGUGAAAAGUUAGCAAGAUCCUCUUCAUCAAAUUCCACAACACCUCUUCCAUCUCCAAUGACUGACUUUUUUAUGAGUCCUGGACCUCCAAGCAACUCACCUCUUUGCACACCUAUUAAAGAAUGCCCAAUAACACCAUGUACUCCAAAAUUAGGAUUGUGUAAUGUGCAACCUCCUGCUGAAGCUUCAGGAAAUGUGCCUUUUACUUUGUCAUCUUUGUCAUCUUCGUUAUCAGUAAAUUCAUCUUCAAACACUCCAACAACCUCACAUUUUGAUGAAGCAAGUCCUCCAAAGCACAAAAGUAGUAAUGAAGUAGGAUGCCACUCAGGAAGUAUUCACUGUAACUAUUUGCAAAAGGAUUGUGCAUUUUCAAGUCCAUUUUGGAAUAAUGAUUUCCCAGCCAUUAUUUCUACAAAUGCAAAUAUCAAAGCAGAAAGAGAUGAAAAAGAUAGAAUACCUGCAAAAACAGAACCUGACACAAUAGAAAAGGAAACUUUUAAUAGCCAGAAAAGUCUAAAUCAGUGUUCUUUCAAUUACGUGUGUGAAAGACUUCAAAAUUUAAAGAUUGACCCACCUGACAAUUUGAAACAUCUGCCUCUCUGUACAGAAAAAAACAGUUCAUCAUUUAUUCCACAAAGUCUUUUUAGAAGUCAGAGAAAAGAUGGAUGGCCUUUCAUGUUAAGGAUUCCUGAGAAAAAGAACAUGAUGUCUUCAAGGCAGUGGGGACCUAUUUACUUAAAAGUUAUAAAUGGUGGAAUUCUACAAAUGUAUUAUGAGAAGGGUCUUGAUAAACCAUUCAGAGAAGUACAUCUUAAUCAGUUUUGCAGAGUGUCUGAGUCAAAACUAGAAAACCUAAGUGUUUCAGAUAAAAUACACACAGUUAAAAUUGAGCAGGUUUCAUAUACAGAAAAAAGGAAAUACCACCCAAAGCUUGAAGUUGUCCAUGAAGCUGAAAUUGAACAGAUGUUGAAACUGGGAACAAUGGAUUAUUGUGAUCUUAUUGACUUUAUUACAACAGUAGAAGAGGAAUUAUUGAUGCUAUCACCUGUAUCAAAACCAAAGAAAGCUUAUGAAGAGUCUGAAAUGAUACUGGAAAUCAUAGACAAUUGUUGGGGAAAGGUCACCAAAGAUACCAAACUUAAAGAGAGUUCUGUGAUAUCUCAAUUGUAUUGCCUUUGUUUUACUAACAGUGAUACUGAAUUAUUUUUGACAUUAAAUGAUGCUGAUCUUCAAAAAAUUUCUAAGAACUACUUUGAUAAAGAAAGCAAAAACAACUUGAUUGACAUUCUUGACUAUCAUUUCCAUAAAUGUGUCAAUAAACAAGAAUUUGAAAAGUCAAGGAUAAUUAAAUUCAAGCCAAUCGAUGGCUGUAGGUUUGAACUCAUGCGCUUUAAAACAAAUUUUAGCGCUGAAGAGCUUCCGUUUUCCAUGAAAACUGCUGCAGUAGUCCAGGGAGCAUAUGUGGAGUUACAAGCUUUCCUAAAUAUGUCUCCAAGUGUCAUAGCGUCUCCCUUAAAUUCAGUAAAAUACUGUGAAAAUAUUGCAAUACAUUUCCCAGUUCCUUCACAAUGGAUGAAAGCACUUUGGACUGUGAGUUUUCAGAGGCAGAGAUCUUUGAAAACAAAAAUGAAUAGAAGGGCAUGUCUUGGGUCUACUUAUGAAAUAGAGUCAGAACCUGUAAUACAAGUAACUAUUGGAACCGCAAAGUAUGAGCAUGCGUACAAGGCUGUCGUAUGGAAGAUUGACCGACUUCCUGAUAAAAAUUCUAGUCACGAUCAGCCGCAUAGUUUGUCCUGUAAACUGGAGCUAGGAUCUGAUCAGGAGAUACCACACAACUGGAACCCGUUUGCUACACUGCAGUAUGUAAUGCCGGCUACAUCUGCCUCCGGAGCAGAAUUGAAAUCAAUGGGAAUUGAGAAUGAUAUUCAGCCUCAUAAACAUGUCACUCAGAAAACAUGUUACAACAUCCAGGUGGAGAUUGAAGUGAAAAGAAUUAAAACUGAAGGAGAUGAUCUUGAGAAGACUGGAGACUGCAUAAUACAGUAGAAGCAGGAAUGAGCUUAUUAAACCAUACACGCAAUGUUCCCUCUAAUUUGUUUUGGAGCUGUGCGGACCUGCUACUGCUCUGAGCAAACAUAUUUUACACGACCUGACAACUGGGAAGAAAGCAGUAGUAGUAUAGUGUCUAUAGAAAAGUUAUAAUCAUUUCCACAUCUAUACUACUCAUUUUAAAUUCAAAGUAAGCGAUAUUGCAUUGUAUUUUUAUUGUGUAUUUGUUAAUUAUUUAAUUAUACUCUAUAUAGUAGUCAUUUAAGGGCAACACAAUUUUACUGUACACUGUCCCUUUAAUGUAUAU